GGGGAGAUGGCCGGCGCGCCGCCGGGGAGGCCGCGGCCGUCGUCGGCGGGGAGGCCGCGGGGCGCGCCGCAGGACUGGGAGCCCCCGAGCCUCCCGCCCUUCCACGGCUGCCAGGUGAGCAGCGCGCCGCGGGCGCUGCGGUCCCGCGACGACUCCACGCUGUGCGGAUCGCGGCCCAUGAGCGCCAGCAGCCGCACCGGCGUCGUGGACGCCACGGCCGUCGGCCGCCAUGGCCUCCUGGACGCCUCGCGCGGCGCAGAGCCCUCCAAGCCGCCCUGGCAGCCGCCGAGCCCGCGCCGGCCCACCAGUGCACAGCAGGGCCCAGGCUUCCUGGGAGGCCCAGUGCCGCUGACGUACCGCGGCAAGACGCGACAAGCUGCGGCGCACGGCGCGAUCAUGGCCCAGAAAGAGGCCAAGCGCGCGGCGCUCGAGGAGGAGCUCUGGGAGCCCCCGCUCGCGCCGGUGCCCGUGGCCCUGGCGACGCCCCUGGAGAGGAGGAUGGCGGACGUCCUCCAGAUCUCUGGCGGCGACGUCCCCAGGCUCCCGCACUGCGUGCAGGCGUGCCAGCAAG